UUCCACUUCCUCUUUCGGAAAUUGCGCAACGCGGGUAACACAAACUUGUUCCAGCAGACUUAUCCUCUCUAUGACCUAACACUUUAAUGCCGCGACAGAAACCUUUCAGUUCAAAGCAAAAGAAGUUUCAACUACAGGAUAAGCGUCAAAGAAAGAAGGAAUCCAGUCACGAUGGAAGUGAUCCAGAAGAGGCCAUCCACAAACGUCGGGAUCGAUCACAGCCACAGCAAAAUUUGAGGAGAGGCAAAUUAGGAGCUGUACCUGACAGACGAACAAACCCUCACAGAUACUGUCUGCAGUUCUUUAAAGAGAGUAAUGAAGAGAUUGAUAGACGGAAGACAUUGGCUAGACGGCCUUUACGUGAAAUACCAGAGGAUGCGUUGGAAGUGGACAUAGAUCAGGUAUACCAGCCAGGGUCUGUCCUUGACCUCCCCAAACGACCUCCAUGGAACUACUCUCUGUCCAGAGCCGAGUUGGAGGCCAGGGAACAGAAGUACUUUCAGGAAUACACUGAGGCGAUUACUGAAAAGUUCCCCCCAGAACAGCUCAGUUACUUCGAGAUGAACUUAGAAACUUGGCGGCAGUUAUGGCGAGUGUUGGAGAUGUCGGACAUCCUACUUCUAAUUCUGGACAUCAGAUAUCCGGUUUUACACAUGUCCCCUGCGUUGUACCAUACCGUUACCCAUGACCUUGGCAAGUCAAUCAUUAUCAUCCUUAACAAGGUUGACCUGGCUCCACCUCCUCUAGUCAUUGCAUGGAAGAGUUUCCUUCAGCAAAAAUAUGAAAAAGUCCACAUUGUCUUGUUUACCUCAUAUCCAAACGAGGCUCUGACAGAGGGAGGUGAUGAGAUAAAAGCUAAGCUGAGACGUAAGCGUGGAGGUGGGGCAUGGACCAGAGCCAUGGGACAGGGGCAGCUGCUGGAGGUCUGUCAGAAUAUUGUCGGGGACAAAGUUGAUCUCAGCAGCUGGCAUGAUAAACUGGUCUCAGCUGAUGCAAUGAAAGAGGAAGAGGACACGGAAGAUUCCUCAGUAGUCAGGAGUCAGUAUGAGGACACGUCCUACAAACAUGAGGAAACAACUCGGUACCAAAAUGGAGUCCUUACUAUUGGAUGUGUUGGUUACCCCAACGUGGGGAAAUCCUCCCUGUUGAAUGGUCUUAUUGGUAAGAAAGUAGUCAGUGUAUCGAGAACCCCUGGCCAUACCAAACAUUUUCAAACCAUAUUUCUGACCCAAACAAUAAAGCUGUGUGACUGUCCAGGCCUAGUGUUUCCUUCACUCAUCGACAAAUCGCUUCAGAUAUUGGCUGGUAUUUACCCCAUUGCACAAGUGCGGGAGCCAUUCACUCCUGUUGGUUUCCUGGCGGAGAGGAUAGACAUAUUGAAUCAACUCCGCCUGAAGCAUCCAAAUUGUGAAAAAAAUGCUGCAAAGUCUCUGAAGUGUUGGAGCGCAUAUGAUAUAUGUGAAGCCUGGGCUGAGAAGCGAGGGUUUAUUACAGCCAAGUCAGGCAGACCUGAUCUUCAUAGGGCAGCUAACAACCUGCUGAGGAUGGGACUGGAUGGUCGUCUAUGUCUGUGUCUUAGACCACCAGGGUACACCGACAACAAAGGUCACUGGGAACGCCAUCAAGAGACACUCAAGCUCAUUGGUGAUUUGGAGUGUUAUAGAGUCAAUGGUAUGUCUGAUGGAGAAGAUGAAUUCAGUGAUGAAGAUCUGGCACAUCUAGGUCGGGAAAACGAUUCAGACGACGAAGAAGAAAGUGAGGGAGAAGAUGAGGAAAAUGAAGAUGGAAGCAAAUAUGUUUCAAAUAAUCCUUUUGCACUGUUAGGAGGUGAUGACUGAUUUGAUAAGUUCUUCAUACUUUAGGAGUCAAUUUCGCCUCUGGCAUGGCUGACUUUUUCUGUGGGUAAUUGGAACAAGCCCUCUGCGCCAGUGUCUUUUAUUUUGUAUGCAUGCAUGACAUGUAAGGAAUUUAAACUUGUGUUAAAAUGUGCCAGCCUAAACUUCUAUGACCUUUAUAAAAUGCUUCAGGGCAGUAAGGACAAGUGAUGUAUCACAGUUCUCCACAUACAAUAUUUCAUGCAUUUAAUUUUUUAGCUCUUCUGUUCGAAAAACAUAGAACUUAUGCUAUACACUGUUAUGUUAUGUUAUGAAUUGUGUUAUUCAAUGUGUAUGCUUGCAUGCUGAUAGUGUCAUUGGGGAUCUAAUGUUGAUGCAGUGGAGCCAGAAUGGAUUUUCACCUUUUUUGGACAUAACUUUUUCACCCCAAAUCGCCAGGUAAAGGGUUAUUUUCAUCCUUCUGUUAGACUGAAUAGGUAACUGUUUGGCAUCUUCUCUAGCCAAGUGUUCGCUUCGUGUACACUCCACUUACCCUUGGCGGAUAUAGCCGUGUUUUCAUAAUUCCCUCCACUGCCACCUAGUGGAUAUACUGAGUUAUCAAUCUUCUCCCAAAAAACAUUGAACCAAUAAGAAUGACCGUUACAUACAUACUCCAUCGGCCUGUUGACAAAAGCAUGUGUAUGUCGAGGCAGAGUAUAAAUGACAGAGCAAUAUGGAAACAAUCUAAAGGCGGCACACAUAUUUUCCCAGGUCAUCAUUUACAUGUGGCACGUAGUCCAGGAUUUCCACCAACUGAUUUAAAACUCCAGAAGCUUCCCCAAAGAUCGUGCGCCUAUUUAUUAAACACUCUGACAUAAACGACAACGUGCUCCCGUACAGGGCGUCGCCAUUACUGUUUUCCUUUGUCAACAGCGCUAUAUGUAAGACGCGAUUUCAUUGGAUGCGAGUGAUUGGCACCGCACGAAAAUUGAAGGCUCGGUAAACACGGCUAUAUAUAUCCGCCAAGGGUAAGUGUAUACGAAGCGAACACUUGGCUAGCCAAGAUGACUGUUUGGUGGCUUAGACAUCACCACUGGCUAGCUCAUUUAACAUGAAGAUCCAGUGAGUUUAUGUGAUCAUAAUGUAUAUUGAAAUAAAUGCCCUCCAACAGUUUUGAAAUCACAGCGGCCAGUGUUAAAAUCUACAGGUGAUAUUCUUCUAAAGAUCCAUAAAGCCUAUUAUAAUGGUAAAUGACCAGCAUUUUCUUGGUAUGAAAGGAUAUCAAUAUGUUUUCAAAUACUUACCAGUUACCACAAACACUUUCAAUGUUACAGGGGUCAAGUAUGCUAAAAUCUGCAAACAAUUUCUGAAAAACAUAAGCAAGAUUUAGAUCAAAGAUACUGAUAUUUGGCUUGUUACUUUGGGAAUCAAUUUUGUGAAAUUAAGUGACCCAGACACACAUUCCAAGGUACAAUGAUCAGAUUUGUGAACUAUUUUAUAGAAAUUUUUCAAAUAUGUGAGUUUGAUCCACUUUCAAGGUCAUAGAGUUAAAAUGAGUUAACAGUAAAUGGCUGCUUAAAAUCUACUGUAGCUUGCUGGAAUAACAGGCCAUCAAAUUUGUUCAAGUAAAUGACCUUGACCUACUGUGAAAGAUAUUUGAUAAGUAAACUAUUUCAAAAACUUCCAAAUAUAUCGAUAAAGAAUAGAGGAAUGAUAUCUGGUCUUUAGUGUGAGUUUUCUUGUUGUCAAGUGUGUGUAAAUAAAACUGUCCUUGACCCUCUUUGAAGGUUACAGAGUCCAGAUGUGUUUGUCAACACCAUUUAAUAACAUGAAAGUUAUACAAGCCCAUAGGGCCUCGUUACAUUAAAUGUUAUUCAUUGCAAAGAAAAUGUGCAAAUUAUUUAAUUUCUCAAUGAAGAAAACAAUGCAUUUAAUUGAUGAUCCAAAUGUUAAGUCAAGAGCUAUAGCUGUCUUUGUUAUUGAUUUAUAAAUGGAAAAUGUAUUUUCACAAUUUUAACACCAUUACAUACAUUUCAUAAGUAAUAUACAAAUUGUACUAUGUUUUUAAAUUGGGUUUUUGUGGUAGUCCUUAAUACCUUGUAUAAUACUUACCAUAAGAAGCUUUAUCCGUAUAUCUGUUCACAAUGUUACUUCAUUUUAAACCGUUACAGUUAUUAAAACAUGAUAGGUGUU